GAGAGCGAUGGAGGUGGAGUUGGUCCACCUUCCAAUCCAUCCUCACCCUUUGGCACCUUUCUCCAUUUCAGGUUUCUCGUGUCUCAUGUGCUUUUCCGGACUGCAGUGCCGAGCAUCCAAAGAUUACUGGUGCACGUCUUGCUCCCAUCCAUUCCACAAGGAAUGCGCCGAAUCUCCAUUGGAGUUGAACCACCACCCUUACCACCCUCCUCACCCUCUCACUCUCCGUCCUCUCGAUCUCGACACAGAUGAAGCUUCUGGUGUAUGCAGUUGUUGCGGGGAUCUGCUCGGAAAAGGAUGGGUAUAUCACUGUAUUAUCUGCAAAUUCAUCAUGCAUUUUACUUGCGCCAAGAAGCCGCCAGUUCUUGAGGUGGAUCGGCCCAAGAGCCACGACCACAAGCUCUUCCUCCUCCCUAAACCACGACCCUUCACCUGUGAAGCUUGUGGUCUAACGCCCGAUGGCUCUUCUCUUCCUUGGGGUUGUCACCAGUGCGGUGCCAUGCUCCACAGAGAGUGUUUUGACUUGCCACGCCUCGUUAGGAUCUCCCGCCACCAACAUCGUCUCUGUUUCGCUCCCUCUCCUCCUCCUCCAGCUCACGAUGAUGAGGCAUGGUCCUGUGGAGUUUGUCGCAAAGUCGUGGACAACCAUUAUGGUGCAUAUUCUUGCAUCAAGGGUUGCCAUUACGUCGUCCACUCAAGAUGUGCGACGAGAGAAGAUGUGUGGGACGGGAAAGACCUCGAGGGAGAACCCGAAGAACUGGAAGAUUUCCUGGCACCUUUCGAAGUAAUAUAUGAAAAAGUGAUACAUCAUUUCAGUCAUGAACAUCAUCUUAAGCUGAAUGAAGAUGACGACCGUGAAAGCUCCGACAGAGGCCAACAUUGCCAAGCAUGUGCUCUUCCUUGUCGUGUUCACUUUGGUAAUACCUACAGAUGCACGCACGAUGGUUGCGAUUUCAUCUUCCACGAAAAAUGUGCCAAUCUACCGAGAAAUAUAUGGCACCUGAUACAUCCCCACCGGCUCAAACUACAGAAAUGUGAAAUAGGGUAUAUACUAUGCGAUGUUUGUUAUCAGAUAAGUUGUGGGUUCAUCUAUACGUGUUGCAAAGAGGAUUGUAGUUUCAAAAUAGACGUGGCUUGCGCUUCAGUCUCCGAGCCCUUUAUCCAUAACAAUCACCCGCACCCUCUAUUCUCCACGUCAAUGUCAACGAACGACCAUGCAUGUUGGGGAUGUAGAGAACAGUCUGGCAGUCGUAAGAUUAUGCAGUGCAUCGAAUGCGACUUUAACUUGUGUUUCAGGUGCGUAACUCUACCACCAAAGGUGAGGUACAAACAAGACAUACAUCAUCUGGUUCUUGGCGGCGGUGGAGGAGAAGAGGCGGCGGCCAUAGAUGGAGGAAGGUGGUGGUGCGAGAUCUGUGAAGGGAAAAUGGACGAAGAGAAGGAAAUGUAUUACACGUGUGACAUUUGCUGCGUCACUGUCCAUGUCCAUUGCAUCCUCGGACAGGAUCCGCUCAUGAUGCCCGGCCGAUAUUUGGAGGGGUCUGAAGAUGCGUUUGAAAUUGAAGCCAGCAUCAGUUGUUGCCGACCGUUUUGCCACAAAUGCGGAAGCCGCUGCCCAUUCCCCAUCCAUCUCAAGAAAAAGGAUCUCCGUUUCUGCUCUCUCAUUUGCUUAUUUUCUUGA